ACACCGAGCAGCAGCCUCACUCUCCUCCUCCACGGCCGCCAUGUCUCCUGCCCUCAUGAGGGUCCUGUGGGUUGUUGUUCUGCUGUCUGCUGUCCGGGGGGCUCCUCUGGGGACCGUCACGCCACCACCAGUAAUACUAGAACCAGUACCGUCUGUACCAGUACCGUCUGAACCAGUAAGGGUGGACUCGGGGGCCGACCAGAACAUCAGCAUACCCAUCCACACGGAGCAGCAGCAGCAGCAGCAGCAGCAGCAGCAGCAGGUGGCUCUAGACGUGGACGUGAUGUUGACCGGGGAGCUGAACCCAAACCACUACCCGGCCAGGAGGGCGGCCCAGGUGGUCUUGCACCAUCUCAACACCCGCUACGGCUCCCCCUACUGGUGGGGGGCGCUGAGACAAGUCCACAAAGCCACCGCCGAGGCGCUGGGGGAUUCGGGGAGGAAGUACAGCCUGGAGGUCACCCUGCAGGACCAAAUCAGUGGCACCAAAGAGACGUGCACGGCGGAGGUGGUGUUCCCCGGGGGCCCUGCUGGGGGCCCCCCCCAGGUCACCACUUCGUAUGAGGGCAAAUCAGAAAUCAACACCCAGGCUCAAGAGGAGGCCUUGUACAACCAGUACAACACGAGUCAGAAUCUGUUGUCGGGACAUAACCUGCCAGACAGCUACGGCCACGUCGCCCCGGGCAUGGAGCCCUUCUGGCACCUGGGGGGCGUGGCCUCCAGCUUCGUCAUGCUGAAAGAGUCCAGCGAGAACACACUGUACAACAUGGCUCAGGUGGUCAGCGUCACGCAACUGGCGACGGAGAACAACCAGCUGAGGUUCAACUACGAUGUUCUGCUGCAUGAGAUGGUGUCUCAGGAGAUCAUCCACUGGAAGCUGCUGGCCUCGUGGUCUCCACAAGAGGGCGUGAAGGCCUCCCAGAUGGAGCUGCUGCCGAAAUGCCAUCACUGUGAGCCUCCUCAGGAGCACUAGCAGCCAGCCUCCGUCGCCGCCCCACGGCGCAGCCUCCCGCUACACGCGUGUACCCAGAUCUCACAGGCUCGGGGGCGCCAGCCCUUCCUGUUGAGGUUCGCUACCGAUAUAACGCACUUGGUCUGGGCAAAGACCUGAAGACUCACACCGGCCGUGUGGGACGUGUACCAGGAAUAGUCGUGACAUAACAUUCUACAUCGUGCUACUUUUCCAAUAAAUAAAGACGUCGAUUCAG